AUGGCUCUUAAAUUUUUUUCUCUUAGGCAUUUGGUGCGGAUUCCUAUUAAUUCUGUAAAUAACCAGACACCUUUAUAUCAGAAUAACAUUACGCAUAACCUAACUAACUUUAGUACCUCGUCUAUUGCUUGUGUAACAUUUUUUAACAAAUUGCCUGCUGAAAAGUUAUGGAAGUCUGUAACCUCUGUAAGUAAUGCUGGAGCAAAGAAAGGCCGUGGAAAGGGUGCGGGGCGAAUUAGAAUUCGUGAUUUAAAUCGCGGUCAAGUAAUUGGAGUGGGAAAAAUUAAUAUGUUAUGGCCUGGGUUAUCUGCUCCCGUAAUUAGGGGCAGGGAAUUGUUAAAACAGCAUCGACUUCCUGAUGAUCCUGAAAGAAUGGAGAAGUUGAUCAAAUUACGUGACUCUAUGACAAAGUUCCGAAGAUUUAAGCUAAGUCCUAUUGAAAGAGGGUGGUCUGGUGCAAAAAUGCCAGGACGGAGCAUUGGUCCUCCUGACCCAGUUGGAGAUGAGGAGUUUAUAGGGUUUGAUACAAAAGUGCUUCAACUGAGGUCAUUGCUUAUUAUGAAAGGCACAUUAGGUAGAACUAGAAACUAUCAAGCAAUGGUUGUAACUGGAAAUGGAAAUGGCUUGGCAGGUUUUGGUUUUGGAAGGGCCAAAGAGGCACUAGCUGCUUUAAGGAAGGCAAAAAAUAGGGCUGGAAAAAAAUUAAUGCAUUUUGAUAUUUACAAUGGACACACUAUUUUCCAUGAUUUCUUCACUGCAUUUGGAAAAACUAAAAUAUUUGUUCAAAAGAAGAAUGAAGGUUAUGGUUUAAGGUGUCACAGAGCCAUUAAAGAGAUCUGUCAAGCUAUUGGAAUUAAAGACAUGUGGGCCAAAGUUGAGGGGUCUGGUCAACUGCAACAUGUUGUAAAAGCUUUCUUUAUUGGUCUUCUGCAGCAGAGGACACAUCAACAGCUAGCAGAAGAGAAAAAACUUCAUCUUGUUGAAUACAAGGCCGAAAAUGCGUAUUAUCCUACAGUAGUAGCCAGUCCAAGUGUUGUUAGAACAAAAGAAGAAAUACCCAGAGAUGAAACACUGGAUUUCGUUCAGUAUGUCAUGAAUGACAAAGUUAUGUUAAGGCGAAAAAAGUUCCCUAGAUUUUAUCAGACUAUGCCACAUUAUGACAUUUAUCUAAAGAAAUUCGAGAGAUAUAGAAACCAUGAGAAGAUUCGACACAAUCUAAAAACUGAAUAUGGAACUGUCAAGAGUUUCCUCAACGAUAAAUAUCCUGAAGCAAAAUCUGAGCAAGAAGCA